CUUUCUUCACGCUCCAUCCCACUGUCCAGCUGGUCUGGAGAGUGUCUGCUUGCGAUAUACCGUCGACUGCCAGAGAGUUUGGGAGUCCGUCACGUCACGAGGAAGACUUGGAGCGGGAGACCCUUUCUAACAAGUCCUCCCCCACGAGAGACCAGGACCAUGACGCCGCUUUUGCACUUCCCGCCCGGACAUGCUGGUCGAGCAGACACGGAUACCACUUCACCUUCCGACAAGGAUCACUCGUCCAUCGAGCGUCGACGUCUCUAUAUCGACACCGUCCACGUCACCGACAAGUCCCGCGACACGCCUAUCCUCGACCUUCCACGCGUGAAUACCAAAUCCAUCCCUCCACCACGCCCCGAUGCGGUCCGCCGCUGUUCGACCGACCCGUCUCCCAACACCGCCCUGCUGCAGAGCUACUUCAACACCACCACCCCCACGCCGCUAAAGUCCUCCUCUCCACACCGCAAUCGCUCACCCUAUUCACGCUCGCACCUGCGCACCCGCUCCAGUGGCGCCGCCCUAGUCACCGCUCCGCUCAUGACUCGCGCUCACUCGAGUCCCGGCCCAUUCGAUCUGGCGAACUCGAUAUCCUCAAUCUCUCUCGCACCGUCCUCGCCAAUGCGCACACCGGCACGACAGCGCUCGCCAUUUCGUCCGAUCGAGGACAGCAAUGGCAACCCUAUUCGACCGCGAUCUCCGAGCUGGCGCGAACCGUCCACCAGCAGCGGCGCCAUUCAGUCAAUACAAGAAGACUCGGAGCUGGACAUCACACCGCGCCAACCUCUGGCACAAUUCUCCCCUCUUCCAGCACCGUUCGGUCGCUCAUCCUCCCUCCGUCGACGACCAGCCUCACCCCUACACAGUGUUCUGAACGCGGCAUCAACCCCACCCACCUAUCUCCACAGCGAUCAGCCUCCCUCGGCAGGCACAUCCGCGUCCGGCUCCCCCACUCUCGCACCACAACGCUAUCUGAACGAGACCUAUCCUUCCCUCCACUCCUACGCCAGCUCCUCCUCCUUUAGUAGCCACCCUUCCACACCAACCUCAACCCGCUCCCGCUCCCCAUCAAUCUCCUCACUCGAAACGAUCGAGGACGCACCCGAUUUGGAAAGCGAAGCGACCGAAGCGGAGAGGAUAUUGCGAUUGAAAUUAGCGGCGGAAAGGGCAGAGCGCGCGGAGAACGGAGAGGAAGAAGAUGGUGGACGAAGAAGGAGUAGUCUGGAUGUGCCAAGGGGUUUUGGCUUUGGCAGCAGAGGAGGAAGUGCAAGGGAGAGGAAGAGGUGGAGUGUGUGUGGAGCGGAAAGGAGAGGUGAUUUGGAUUUGGAGACGAUUUGGGAGGACUGAUCGAGCAAUGAGCAGAGGAGGUGGUAGGGGCAAAAAUUGUGAAGCGAGGAGGAAGCGUGAAUCGAAUUUGACGAACCUGCGACUGUCGGAGUUGUGGGAAAAAUUGAAUCAUGGACACUUUUAAGGUCAUGGUGGCGUUUAUGGGAAAGGGCAUGGACACGGAUACGGCAUGGAAGGGAUAUGAGACUGGUGAUUUUGAACCAAG